GUGACGCGCGGCGGGAAUCCCGACAAAAGUACCCGGAUGGAGAGGUGAAAGGUUGUGUGCCGAGAUGGCGGACCCCGUGGAUGACAUGUUUUCUUUCUGCGUGGAUCCCGGUAAAGUCGCCGCGAGUGUGGAUGUGAGAUUUAUCGACAACGUCAAGGGAAAAGGUCUGUUUGCCAAGAGAAGCAUCAAGAAAGGAGAGACCAUUUUCAUCGAGCGGCCCCUGGUUGGUGCCCAAUUCCUGUGGAAUGCUCUGUAUAAAUAUAAAGCAUGCGAGUACUGCUUGCGAGCUUUGGAGACAGCAGAGGACAAUGCAAGAAGACUCAGCAACCACCCCGCCCUUAGCCUUCCGUACCCUGAACUCUGCCGGGUUCGACCGGAGCGCCACCAAGUCUGCCCUCAGUGUCAGGUGAUGUACUGCAGCGCAGAGUGUCGGCAAGCGGCGGCCGAUCAGUACCACCGAGCGCUGUGCCUGGGCCCGUCCCAAGACGAUCCGGACCACCCCAUCAACAAGCUGAAGGACGCAUGGAGGAGCGUUCACUAUCCUCCUGAGACUUGCAGCAUCAUGCUGAUGGCCAGGAUGGUCGCCACCGUCAAACAAGCCAAAGACAAAGCGCACUGGAAGAAACUCUUCUCACAUUUCUGCAGCCGCACAGCCAAUGAGGAAGAGGAGCUGGCCCACAAGCUGCUGGGGGAGAAGUUCAAAGAUCAGCUGGCGCUUCUGCAGCGCUUUUUUAAAGAAGCUUUGCAUGACGAUCAUCUCAAUCGGUGGUUUGUUCCUGAGGGAUUCCGCUCGCUCUUCGCUCUGGUCGGAACCAACGGACAAGGCAUUGGAACAAGCUCCCUAAGUCAGUGGGUUCAUGCCUGCGACGCAGCAGAGCUUCCUGCCCAGCAGAGGGCGCAAUUGGACUCCUUUAUUGACCAGCUCUACAAAGACAUUGAAAGAGAAACGGGGGACUUUCUAAACUGUGAAGGCUCAGGACUGUUUUUACUCCAAAGCUCAUGCAAUCACAGCUGCAUACCAAACGCUGAGGCUUCUUUCCCGGACAACAACUUCCUGCUUCACCUCAGUACCCUCAGCGACAUCAAUCCCGGAGAGGAGAUCUGCAUCAGUUACCUGGACUGCUGUCAGCGGGACAGGAGCCGCCAUAGCCGACACAGGAUUCUGAGAGAGAACUACAUGUUUGUCUGCUCCUGCCUCAAGUGCGUCUCCCAGUUGGACCAGCUGGACGUGACAUCGGAUGAGGAGGAAGAAGCGGAGGGCGACGACAUGGAAGACGAGAUGACAGACGUGUGAUUAAACAAGUCAUGACCAAAUCAAUCAAUGUAUGAUGUGUUGAAGUCCAAUGUUUUACUUGGUCCAAGCAGGCGUGUGCUUUAAAUGCCACCAAGGAGGAGCAGGGACACACUUUAAAGACCUUCUCUGAAUAAAGUUACACAUUAUGGAACACUUCUUUUUCUCUCAGAAACUGUCAAUUCUAUUUUUUAAAGUAUGUUUAUUUUUUGUGCUGUCAAAGUAACACCUUUUAUCUUUUACCUGAAGGGAUUUUUACACACCACUUUUUGUAUUUUAGUUCAUAUUGUUGCUAAGUUUGGAGAAAAUAAACAAGCGUUCAAGUGAAA